UAUCAAAACUUCAAAUAGCCAAAGCCAAAAGAAGAGAAGAAAGAAGAAGAGUAAAUGGCUAAGGAAGGUCUAGGACUUGAGAUCACAGAGCUACGGUUGGGUCUUCCGGGAGAUAAUUACAGCGAAUCAAAAAAGAAGAAGAGAGUUCUCUCGGAUAUGAUGACCUCAUCGUCGGUAGAUACUGAGGAUGAAAAUGGUGUGGUGUCAUCUGUCGAGGAUAACUCCUCCCCGGUGAUGAAGAGUCAGGCGGUAGGGUGGCCACCGGUGUGUUCUUAUAGGAGAAAGAAGAACAAUGAGGAACUAGCCUCGAAAGCGAUAGGGUACGUGAAAGUGAGCAUGGAUGGUUUGCCGUACUUGAGGAAGGUUGACCUUGGUUCGAGCAACAGUUAUGAUAAUCUAGCCACGGUUCUUGAGGAUCUCUUCGGCUGUCUUGGCCUAGGAGUGGCAAAUGAGGGGAAGAAGUGCGAAUACAUAAUUAUAUACGAAGACAAGGAUAGAGACUGGAUGCUCGUCGGAGAUGUACCUUGGCAGAUGUUCAAAGAGUCAUGCAAGAGGCUCCGGAUAGUAAAGAGAUCAGAUGCAACUGGUUUUGGUCUGUCGUGAGAUUAAUAUGAUACUAGUGGCGAUGCAUGAUCAUCUUUAGUCAACCACAAAGUUUAAAAACCGUUUGAGUAGAAUUAAAUUCUUCAAAUUGUAGUAAUUUCUCAAAUUGUAAAAUUUUUAUAUGAAAGUGGAUAAAAUUAUAUACGUUUGAUUUCUUCAAAAUUG